AUGAGAAGGCAACGAUAAUUUUAUAAUUUUUUUUAUAAGAAACAGGAAACGCAUAAACGCACCAUCUUCUUCUCCGCCGCACCGUGGCGUCACCUUCUUCUCCACCGCAUUUUCACGUCUUCCGUUCAUUCUCUUCCAAACUCAGAACCACAAUUCCUCCAAACCAAGUGAAGACUUGUUAUAGAAAAAACUCAUAGCUGGAUUCUUCAUCAGCCAUUUUCAAUUUCAGUUGGAGAAUUUGCUGUGUUGCAUGUAGAUGUUGCAGUCGUAAAUCAGGAAAAAAGAAUUAAAGAGAAUUCUGUAUCUGAAUGGCUGCUUCAGCAAAAACUCUCACAAAUAGCAAUUGCACAACAGAUGAAGAUUGGACGGUUGUUUUACCCCGUCGUGGAAGACAAAAAAGAAAAAUUACCGAAGUUGGAAGAAUUUUGGAAGAAAAACAAGAACCAUGGACUCCAACAGAUUCUCAGACAGAUCCAAGCAGAGAAGCACCGUUAAUGCAGAAAAUGGAAGACUAUAUUAGUAAGAUUGGGAACUCUCAGUUCUAUCACACUUUCAGCGAUCAGAUUCAAACAUCAGCUUUAGAUUCUUUCCACAGGGUUUUGGGCUCAGAAACAAAGAUGCAAAUGGUAAUUUAUGGUAUUGGCAGCAUUGAAUUGUAUGAGCCCCCGUGUUUGCAACUUAGCAUUGCAAUGUUGAUGAAACGAGAUUUCAAUUGGAUUGGAAACAUAGAGGUAUUUGAUCCUAUUCUGUCUGCAACUGAGUCUCGGGUUUUAGAAGCUCUCGGUUGUACUGUCAUGUCCAUAAACGAGCAUGGGAAGCGAGAAGCUCUAAAGCCGACAAUGUUCUUCAUGCCUCACUGCGAAGCAGAGUUAUAUAUCAACCUUUUGCGGGCAAAUUGGAAACUGAAUCUCUUAAAAAACAUGGUAUUAUUUGGGAACAGUUUUGAAGCAUACGAGGAGCAUUUGGCAUUAUGCAAGUACACAUCUAUUCCGAACUCAAUAGGGCAUAUCUUGGCUGCCAGAAGUUUCACAAGCGAAUUCAAAAUCGAAACAAUUUCUGAUGAUUAUUAUAAAGCAUUUCAUGAUUCAAGUUGGCAUUUUUUCAGUCCUGUACACGAGACAGAGCUGCAAUUUAUCAAUUCUUGAUGGAGUCUAUCUCAAUCAAUAUUUUGUUGUACACCAUUUUAGCAUAUUAUUGCUCAAGAAAAUCCUUGAUAUUUGGCUCUUGCAAUUUUGUACACCACUUAAUUUCUCCAAAUAUCCUUCAUAUUCGACUCUUAUGCCUAAGGGCUAGUUUGUAUGUCUUAUUUUUACAUAGUAAAAAUAAAAUUAUUUUCACCAAUUUAUAUA